UAUUAUUCGAAGCUUCCCCCUUUGGAAUAUUCUUAGGAAUGCAUAUCCCACAUGGUGAUCCCUUACUUGUGCAUAAGAUGAUGUUGCACGAAGUAAGGUGUCAACAAAUAUUGAGAUGGGAGGUUUCUGUUUGAUGUAGAGGGGAUCCAGUUGGGGUUUUGGUGAACUGAAUAUAUAUUUUGUUUGUGGUUUAAAAGUUCAUCCUUAUGUGGAUUUACUCAUGACGAAAAGGGCCAGUCAAAUUCAAAAUCUCCAUGCUCGGUUGUUUCCAGAGAUUCUGAUGCACGUCUGCGGCUGAAAAUUUUAGAAAGACUUAAUUAAUGUCCCCGAAUUAUUUGGGCACUAAAGAUGAAGAUGUUGUGAUGCUUAUCCAGCUUGUUUUUUAUGUUGAAGGGUCUACACAGACAAGACGUUAAAACCUGCUUUCCUGCAGCAGUAUACAAGCUUGCUGAUAAUAUAGAUGAUUGGAACAGGUUUUGCAUGGGGUACGUAUUUCUGGAAAUAUUACUUCGGUAUGAUGCGUGGAAGGUUUAAGAAAAUAGAAGAGUUUAGAGAAUGGAAGGAGGCCAAUCCCGAAUUGAAGAAAGUACACAAGGUAAAGUCCGUUCCCAAUUUUAUGCUUCCGUUUAAGAUGCAAUCCACACCAAAAUUGAAGAAAAUCACCAAAGCAAAGAAAAAAAAAGUGGUGAAGAGUCCUGAAAAAGCAAAUGAAGACAUUGUGAAUGAAGAGAGUAAUGAUGUUUCAAAUCAUCUGCUGCUCGACAGUCUUGAAGCUGCCAGUACGUUGACUUUUUGGAAAGAAUGGAAUAGUAUCUCUUCCAAGCUGAACACUAAACAUAGGUUGCAUAUGCUGACACUGGAUGUGGAGUUUUUGGUCGAGUUACUUGCAGUUACUGACGCUGGGUGGUUAAUUUCUUCGGUUCUAUUCCCGAUAAACGUUCCUCAUGCCCAUUGGUUUUUGGCAGUGCUACAUUUAGAUAUUUGGAAAGUACACAUUUCUGAUUCAGCACGAUGUAUGAAUUACUUCACAACGUACUUGACUGGUGGAGAAUUCAAAAGUUUUGGGGAUAGUAUAAUCGAAGAGAUAGAUGCGAUUGACUACUGGAAGGAUUUUCCCGAUAGACACAAAGAGAACGCAGUUGUGGAGUUUAUUGAUAUUGUAGACGCGCCACAACAAGAAUAUAUUGCUAAUAGAGGAGAUUGUGGAGUAUUCGUAAGCAUGUAUAUGGAAAUGAUUGCUUCGGGGGUACCGGUGAAGAGUGAAAGCCAUGUAGAGAUGCGGGAUUUCUCUACAGAAAUAGGAUGACAAUAUUAUUAUGGGAUACUAAAUAACUUUAUGUUUGGAAGUUUGUAUACAUUAUUAUGAAAUACUUGUUUUUAGU